AUGGGUGUGGGGCCAAAGGAUGUCGGAAGCUUUAAGCAACUCUGGACUCAACAUUUGGCUGAUAUUGUUCUGAAAUAUAGUCGUAAGAUGUCUGACCACCUAAAGAAACAUUUAACUACCCAGCUCGAUCUAUUGGACGAGUCAAGUUUUCAUCUACAGAAUAGCAUCACUGAUUUUGUACAGCAGAUCAAAACCAGAGCCAAUGAAUGUGUAGACAAUAUGCCUGGCUCUAGUAAAGCUGUGAAAGAUGCAAUUGCUAUGGUAGCAGCAGCACAGAGUACAAUACUAGAACACACAGACAUGUUCAGUGAAUCCAUCAACUUGUCCCCUGCCACAGUGAAGUCUUUAGAAGAAACAAUACCGGAUAUUAAAGUUAAGAAAGAUCCAAUAUCUGUUAAAUAUGAUCCAGAAACAUCAAUAAGACUAAAGGAUAUGGAGACAGAUUUAUUAUCCCUUCAAGACACAAACCAAAAGACUGAAGAUUAUAUAUCAAACAAAAAAAGGAGAGACAACUUUACAGAUAAAACAGAUCAUGUAACACAAGACAUUAAAAGACAUUCGGAUUUGAUAUCUGCUAUACAAGAAGAUAAAACAAACAAGUUUGAAAGUUUGUUGUCUAAGUUUCAAAGUCUGGAUAAAUAUGUUGUAAAGAUAUCAAAUGAUCUUCAAACAAUUGAAACACGCUUAUGUAACAGAUAUGUGUGUUGUAUCGAGCUGGAAUAUGAGACACCUGUCAGUGAUGACCUAAUCCUUACAGCAUUUGAUCAAGUAAAUGAAUACAACGGUCAACACUUUGAUCAAACAACAGGAAUAUUUGUAUCUCCUCGUGAUGGUUUAUACCUUAUCUGUGUAACCCUGCAUGAAUGGGAACAUAAAAAUAUUCGAGUUGGUGUUGUGGUAGAAGGUAAGUGUCUUACGGCUAUAGAAGUUAAAUGUGCCGACACAAAUGCUGCUGGGUCAGUGGUUGUGGACAUGAAUAAAGGUCAAGAACUUUACUUUGAAGUGUUUCAUGCUGAUCAUGAUUCAAAGUUGUCGGGUAACAGUACUUUUACUAUCGUUAGUUUAUAGAAGUACAUAAUGUAACAUAGUGAAUGGGAACUUCUAAAGACCAAAAAUGUGUAUCCACAUCAAUAAACACAAAAUAACAUUCAAUUGUAAGUUUAUAUAAAGACUUACCUUAACAGUUUUGAAUACCAUACAUCUUACUAUAACUAUUUGUAUCAAUACAUUUACGUUCAACACAUCAUUGCUUUUACUUAAAACCUUUAAGAAUAAACAAUCACUUUUUAAAAAUGUCUAGAGGAUCGACAUAUGCUUUGUCUGUCAGACUGUGUUAGAUGUUGCACCAACAAAUCGUAGCUUGAAGACUUUAUAAUGCUUUGAUAAUUAAUGCUCUAGUAUUUUUGGUUUCACAAAUGUAUAUAACUGCACAAAACAUUUUUUAUCAUUCUAAGCAAUUAUGUAGUUUACAAUGUGUAUGUGCUCAUUAGUUUAGUUUUUUUUUGUUUGUGGGAUGUAGCAAAUUUUGUAAAACACUGCCACCACACAGAUUUUCUUCAAACUUUCAAGAUACAUUCGUCUCCGCUAUAAAAAGAACACUUUCUAUUUUUAAUCUAUUUAAGCAUUAGGUUAGUCUUUAAAAUUUAAUUUAAAUAUUAACAUGACAUCAAUAUAUAGUCUUUUUCAAUGUUUAUCUUAGAGCUAUACAAAACAUUACAUUAGUACCCAACUGCAGCAUAAAAAAAGGAGAACGUUUAACAACAUUGCCUUUCGUAUAGGUCUAAAUUGUGUUCAAGGGGAAUGUAUAAAAUGCAUUUUUAAAAAAUGUAUUGGAAUGUUUACCUCCAUCACUUUCCCGUCCCUAGUCUCAUAGUUUUUCAUUAUAUGUUUGUAUUUUUAUGUCAAUUGGUAUCAAUCUUUGUCGUGUAAGUUAAAAUAUAUUAUAUAUAUAAA